AUGGAUGAUAUUACAUCUCUGUGCCGGACUUGUAUGAAGAGUAGUUCAGUUAAUAUGGUGGAUUUGUUUGGCCCUAUUAAAAUAGAAGAAAAUUGUUUUAUGAAGCUAGCGGAUGUAUUGAUGACUGCUACCUCAUUAAAUGUUUCUACUGAUGAUGGCUUGCCACAAAUGCUUUGCGUCACUUGUGCACAGACCUUACAAAUUGCUUACACAUUCCGAACACAAGCGAUUGCAUCUGCAACCGAAUUGAAGAAAUUAUUGGAGUGCCCUGUCAUCAAAACUGAAACAUUUGAGAGUGAGCUAAGUGGGCAAGAUGAUUUUUAUCUUCCUGAUGACCAAAACACACAAGGCGAAGCUAUAUACAGCAGUACAAUUUGCCCAAAAGUAUGUAAUGAUAAUAAGAACACUGUAACAUCUAAAGAAACAUAUAGCUGCCUGAAAUGCAAUAAACACUUUUACAGUGAAUCAUCUUUUGAUAAGCAUGUAACAAAGUGUGAUUUUAAAUUAUAUGAUGUCAAAUUGGAGAGUUCAAAAGUUUAUGCUUGCUCAUAUUGUAGAACAGCAUACAAAACUAAGAAAAGAUUAAUAAAUCAUGUAAGGAAGCAUGAGAUCCAAUUACUUGAUAAAAAAUAUAUUUGUGAUUAUUGUAAUACAAGUUUUAAUGCUAAGACUAUAUUAAGAAGGCAUAUGAGAAUACAUACACAAGAAAAGCCAUUUAAAUGUGAAAAGUGUCCAAGGGCCUUUUAUAGAGCGGAUUUAUUAACAUAUCAUAUGCAAAAGCAUGACAAUAUAAAGCCGUUUAUUUGUCCCCAUUGUUCAAAAUCUUUCUCCCAAAUAUGUACUCUUAAAGAUCAUAUAAACAUACAUACGGGAGCAACCCCAUUCCUAUGUUCUGAAUGCGGCAAGGGUUUCGCGAAUCGGUCAAAUUUACGACAACAUGCGAUGAGGCAUACUGGCGUUAAACCUUUCACGUGUAAAAUGUGCCCUAAGACAUUUGCCACGAAAGGUCAAAUGAAAAAUCACAUGGAAACCCACUCGGGGCUGAAGCCAUUCAAAUGUGAGGAAUGUGGUGCUGCUUUCACAAAAUCAACAUCUCUAAGGAAGCAUCAAAAUAUACACCGUGGUAUUAAACCAUUCGCCUGCGAUACAUGUCCCAUGAGGUUCACUUGCAAAGACCACCUGAAACGUCACCAGCGUAUACACACGGGCGAAAAGCCGUACAAGUGCACGAAUUGCGAACGUACGUUUACGCAGAGCAACGAUCUUAUCAAACACAUGCGACUUCACUUUGGAGAGAAUAUUUAUCAAUGCUCAGUAUGCCUGAUGCGAUUCCGUUUGUUGCGUGAGUUGAAACGGCAUUACCCGAUUCACUAUACGGAAAACAAAGAACAAGAUGUCGCGACUAAAACAGAGACAGACGGACAGAUUACAAUCACAUUGAGCCAUUUAAAUAACACGCAAGACAUUACUAUUAAUAUUUCGAAUGAGAAGAGUUGA